CCUACGUUGUACAUCAAUUUCCUGGCCUCAUCGUCUAUCCCAUCGUACAUCGUUGCCUCGCCGUCAUAGUAAUUCUCAUCUGCGCUAAUGCCUACUUAACUAGGCAUCGACAUUUAUAAACUUAUAAGUUACCAAUAGUAGACGAGGUUUUGUGUGUUCUUGUUCAACUCGAACCAGAACUUAUAUUUCUACGUUGGGUCUUGAUUCGUUUUCCCCCUAAUCGAAGCUCCAAAUAUCGUCAAACCUGAACUUUCAAGAAGACCCAAAUUACAACUGCCAACAUGGCGCAAAAUAACAUGCAUAAUUUAGUAACACUAAUCAAGCGGCUAGAAGCUGCUACAACCCGCCUCGAGGACAUCGCUUCGUCGACAAUAGAGCUGCCCCAAGCUGUCCCCGCCCUUACGGCUACAGUUGCAACACCGUCUAGCCUUGCGAGUCCUAUACCACACGCCGCUUUACCUCCCCCGCCUGCGUUGAAGGAGGUACCCGAGGAACAUCUACCGGAGUCUAUCGAGGAGUUCGAUAACUUUAUCAGCCAGUCGGUCGAAAAAUAUGUGGCAAUUAGUAACAAAUUGGGCGGGUUUAUCGCCGAACAAGCUUCUAAGGUCCUGGGGGGGUUCAAACAGCAGCGCCGCUUCUUGUUGAUAUCUACUAGGGCCAAGAAACCUGAUAUAACUGGGCCUGAUAUGGUUAUCUACCAAGAGCUGCUAACGCCCAUUAACCAGGCACUCAUGGACGUCGGUAGCAUUAGGGACUCUAGCCGCGGCUCUCCGUUUUUCACUCACCUGAGUGCCGUAGCUGAGGGUAUUAUGGUCCUGGCUUGGGUUACGGUAGACAAUAGGCCGUUUAAACAUGUCGAGGAGUCACUCGCAUCAGCACAAUUCUUUGGAAACAGAGUACUCAAGGAACAAAAGGACAAAGAUCCUAUCCAAACCGAAUGGAUUCAAUCCUUUUACCAGGUAUUCAAAGACCUUGUCGAAUAUGUCAAGUUGUACUUCCCCAACGGCAUUCCCUGGAAUGCGAAAGGGCAGCCCGCUUCUGAAGUCGCAAAGUCAUUGACGCCCACCCCGUCCGCUGCCGCUGCCGCUCCACCUCCACCUCCCGCCGCGGGUGGUCCUCCGCCUCCGCCGCCUCCUCCGGGUCCACCCCCCGUCUUCCAGAUCAAAGAGCAAGCCGCGCCCUCGAAGCCGGAUGGCAUGGGCGCAGUAUUCAGCGAACUGAACAAGGGCGAGAGCGUAACUAAGGGCCUACGCAAAGUCGACAGAUCAGAGAUGACUCACAAGAACCCAGCGUUGAGGGCAGGGUCCACCGUCUCCGACUCGUCUAGGGGGAAGAGCCCCGCGCCAGGGAAGAAGCCGAAGCCAGAAAGCAUGCGCCUCAAGAAGCCCCCGAAGAAGGAACUUGACGGAAACAAAUGGAUAAUUGAAAACUUUGACAAGCACCCGGAUCCGAUCGAGAUUGAGGCUGAGAUGUCGCAUUCGAUUCUCAUCAGCCGCUGCAACCAGACGACCGUUAUCAUCAAGGGUAAAGCCAACGCUGUUACUAUCGAGAAUACUCAGCGCCUAAGCAUCGUUGUCGACUCUCUCGUCUCCACCGUCGAUGUGGUCAAGUCCUCCAAUUUCGCGCUGCAAGUCUUAGGGACUUUGCCUACCGUCCUACUCGAUCAACUCGACGGCGCCCAAGUCUACCUCAGUAAAGAGAGUAGCUCCACCCGCAUCUUCUCUAGCAAGUCUGCUGGUAUCAAUGUCAACAUCAUCGCAGGCGAUGACGAGGACUAUAAGGAGAUUCCCUUGCCUGGACAGAUUUGCUCAUACUUUGACGAGGCAAAGGGGGAUAUGGUCAAUGAGAUCGUCGACCAUGCCGGCUAAAUUUCCCGAACUAUACUAUUCUUGGAAAUGUAUUAAGUAUGGACCGGGCAUGGUGUAAAUAAAAGGUGGCGGUGGUUGUCAACGUUGGAUUAGGUGUAAGACCAGACGCUACGUGAUGUGAAAUCUCCAAACAAGCAAGACCUUCCGCCUAGAGGGCGAGCGAGUAAGUGUUAAGAAAGCCAGGAUUCCCGGGCAUGCUCGGUUUCCCACGGUCUAUCGCAUUGCCUACCUACUAUCUAGGUAUCUAGCAUUCGUACUAUUCUAAGCAUUUACAACUUUCAUCUUAUCUGUUCAAAUUCUCGCAUAUUCACCAUACCUGCA